AUGGCGGCAGCGCGGUGGCUGCGGAGCGCCCGGCGCCUCCUGCCCGCGCGGGCGGCACGGCGAGAGAGCUGCGAGCUGGCCCGGCUGGCGGUGCCCGUGUUUGUCGCCCAGUUGCUGGGGUUCCUGAUCAGUGUGGUCAGCUCCAUCUUCUGUGGCCACCUGGGGAAAGCCGAGCCUGGUAUGCUGUGACACUUGGCUGUGUCAGUUAUCAACGUGACCGGCAUCUCCAUCGGUUCUGGUUUAGCCUCAGCAUGUGACACGCUGAUGUCCCAGUCAGCAGCAGCUCCCUCUUUCUUUUAAUCGAAGCAGGUGGGCACCAUUCUUGCAGCGGGGAUCCUCAUCUUGCUGCUGUGCUGCUUCCCUUGCUGGGCGCUCUUCAUCAACACUGAGCGGAUCCUCCUGCUCAUCCGACAGGACCCCGAGGUCUCCAGGUUAACUCAGGUCUACGUGAUGAUCUUUAUUCCAGCACUUCCUGCAGCGUUUCUGUACCAGCUGCAGACAAGAUAUUUAUUAAAUCAGGCCAUCAUUUUGCCUCAGGUGCUGACUGGGAUUGCAGCCAACCUGCUCAAUGUGGCCAUGAACGCUUUCUUCCUGUAUGCGCUGAAGCUGGGCAUGGUUGUAAGUGUUGAGCAGAGGCUGGUGACAGCCUCUCCCUGGGUGCAAGGGUUUGCUACAGUCUGGGAAGUGUCCUGGGUGCCCAGUUCUGCACCCUCUGACCUGCCUGUCUCUCUCCCCAGGGGCUCUGCCUGGGCUAACACUGUUUCUCAGUACACCCAGGCCAUUCUCCUCUUCCUUUAUGUGUGGCGGAAGAAGAUCCACGUGGAGACCUGGGGAGGUUGGACCAAGGACUGUCUCCUGGACUGGGGUUCCUUUAUCUGGCUGGCAGUGCCCAGCAUGCUCAUGCUAUGUAUUGAAUGGUGGACCUUUGAGAUUGGAAGCUUCUUGGCAGGUCUGCUCAGUGUGGUGGAGCUGGGUGCACAGUCUGUCAUCUAUGAGCUCUCCUCUGCAGCAUACAUGGUGCCUCUGGGAUUCAGCGUGGCUGCAAGCGUCAGAGUGGGCAAUGCCUUGGGAUCAGGGGAUGUGGUGCAAGCCAAGACCUCCUGCAUCACUGCCCUGCUGUGUGCAGAAGUUUUUGCUGUGGUGGUUGCAACGUUACUGGGAACCCUGAAGGACGUGGUGGGAUACAUCUUCACCAAUGACAAGGAGAUCGUUAUCUUGGUGUCCAAAGUGGUGAUCAUCUUUGCUCCGUUCCACUUGUUUGAUGCAGCAGCAGCGACGUGUGGCGGCGUGCUGCGGGGCACGGGGAAGCAGAAGCUGGGUGCUAUUGCCAACGCCAUCGGCUAUUACGCCGUGGGCCUGCCCAUCGGCAUCUCACUGAUGUUUGCAGCUAAGAUGGGGGUGAUAGGUCUGUGGGUGGGAAUGAUCAUCUGCAUCUCUUUGCAAGCCCUUUCCUUCUCCACUUUUGUCAUGCGCAUGGAUUGGAAGAAAGCUGCAGAAGAGGCUCAAGUCCGAGCUGGACUGAAAAAACAACUGGAAGAUGUGAACUCAAAUGGCACAGCUGCUAACAAAACAUCUGCUGUGGACCACAUCUCCAUUGACACAGAUGCUGUGGACACUGUAGUCCUGCCUCAGAGCAUCAUCGAAGGUGAGAGGCAGCCUGAACACCAGCUCAUCACGCAGGAGGAGCCUGCUGCUGUCCCUGCUCCUCCUGAGGUGGUAUGGAGGGCUGUGAUCAUCCGCCGCAUGCUAGCUGCCGCCGUUGCUGUCGCUGUCCUGCUGGUGGGCAUCCUGGUCCGGCUCCUGACCAGCAAUGCAUAGAACCAGGGAAACUGGGAAGCUGUGCACAGAGUAGGAGGGCAUGUGAUGAUGUCCCAGGAGAAUGGUGCAGGGGGAGGAAUUCCUUGUAAAGAGUCACUUUGCGCAGUUUCUGGUUAACUCACAAUGUUUUAUCCCACAUGCAGAGUUCUUAAAGGGGGUGAGGAUGCAGCACCUGCGAAGAAAGUGCUUGAGAGCUGGUCCCUCUCCUGCACUGCACUGCACUGGAAUGUCACUUGUAACAGGCAGGAAUGUAUCCUGGGGCUGUCUGGGGAAGGCAACAAGGACUUUGUGCUGCUAUCCUGUUUCCUGCUCCCUGGGGCCAUUUGUCCAUGUCACUUGCUAAUGGCAGAGGCUCUUGCUGCCUGUAGCAGCUUUCCUCAUGCACCAGUUUGUGCCAGUAUCUCGGCAUGGCAGAGCCCACUUGUUGCAGCAGUACAGAGCAAGGACCACGUUGUUGGAACAUGGUUGUCUGCUCUGAUUGCUGCUGGGGCGUUGGGUGCUGGCUGCUGGCCCUGCUCUCCCUGCUGUGUGGCAGGCACAGGGCCUAAAGCAACUCUUCUUUGCACUUUUGUAAGGUGGGAUUUUGAUACAAUAAAGUUUUCUGAGUAAACAU